AUGACAAUUCUAUCGAAGAAGAAGACGAACGCGCCGAAGGACAGGACGCGCGAGGCAGGCGCUGGUCCUGAGGUCGACGUUCAUCAUGGUGUGCAGAACGAGCAUAAUUCCAGCAGUAUCGCAUUACCGAACAGUCCUUAUCAGGUGCGCGGCGCCAACGGAUUCGCCGUCGAUCUACACGGGGUCCAAACAGAUCACGGAUCUAGUUCCAUAGUGCUGGCUGGCAAUUCAUACGAGACAAACGUAGAUCGCCGGGAGGAGAAACAUUUUGAAGAUGGAAGUGGUCCGAGUCAUGGUAAACGACACCGUCAGAGAGUCAGUCCUCACAGUGGCUGUAUCGGUAGGUCUUCGCGCGCGAAACGUGAACGAGAAAGGGACAGAGGCAGGGAAAGAGAGAGAGAAAGGGAACGCGAGAGGCAGGCUACGCCACCUGCUGCCUCCUGCAGCGGUCCACAAGGCCCGGACACCAGCGUCAACGGAAGAGUGAGCAUUGUUGGAAAUACCUCGGAUUUGGAACACGAAUCGGCAAACGGCUACAACAGCGGGGAUGAGUAUACGGGACGGGAGAACAAUCUUACGUUGGCUGAGUGGCAGGAAAGAGACAGGUGGUUUGAGAAGCGCAUGCGGAAAAAGGGCUUCAUCAUUAAAAAAAUGGGGGAAGACGGAGCUUGUUUGUUUAGAGCUGUAGCGGAUCAGGUUUACGGUGAUCAAGAAAUGCAUGGCAUCGUGCGGAAGCAUUGCAUGGAUUACAUCGCCUCCAAUCAAGAGUUCUUCUCGCAUUUUGUGGCGGAAGAUUUCAGCACCUACGUGGACAGGAAGCGGCAAGAGUACGUUCAUGGAAACCAUAUAGAAAUGCAAGCUAUGUCAGAAAUGUAUAAUCGUAGCAUCCAAUUGUACUGUUAUAGCACAGAACCUAUUAAUAUCUUCCAUACUAUGGUGGAAAGUGACAAUGAACCAAUCCGGUUGUCGUAUCAACGUGGCAGCCAUUACAAUAGCAUAGUUGACCCAUACAAGGCCACUAUAGGUGUUGGGCUUGGUCUACCGUCGUAUAAUCCCGGUGCUGCUGAUCGCGCUCUGAUAUCUGACGCGGUUCGUCAGAGUGAAGAAUUGCAUAUUGAACAGACGAUGCUGGAGGAUAAGAUAAAGGCUACCGACUGGGAAGCGACCAACGAGGCGAUCGAGGAACAAGUAGCCCGGGAAAGCUAUUUGCAAUGGUUGCGCGACAACGAGAUGCGUAAAGCACGAUCAGCCAGUAGUAGCAGUACGAGCACAGUUACGAGCGCGCAACAUAAUCAUUCACACUUUCAUUCACAUGGAGGUCGUGGACAGCAGCGUAGCCAUACCUCUUCUCCAACCACGACUCAAACUAGCCAAGAUAAUUUACGUAAUUCUCCGAAGGUCAAUGAUGCGGUACGAUACAACAAGAGAUCACCACAACAUCAAUCGACUCAAGGAACCAGCAUAUCUCAUCUGCCGUCAGAUUUCGAUGUGAAAAUUCCUCAAGAACCUGUACCAGGAAGCAGCAAGGAAGCGCACGCGUCACCUGAUAUUUCAUUGUUCAAUCGCCUUCCUCCUGAAGUAUUCGGUCUGACGGAUUGGGAAGAUAGCCAUAUACUUUCACAAGUGUUGGCGACGUCGCAACAGGAGUACUUGGACAGUCUGAAACAGUCACGCGUGUCCGCAUCCGCUGCAAGCGAUGGCGCCAAUACGAUAGAGUCUAAUAACAGUUCUAUUAACAAUUCUUGAAAUGUGGUCGGCAACGACGAUAUCAAAAGAUAUCAGAGUAAAGAUAUAUACAUUUAUAUAUUGCAGUAUCAUCUAAUCCCGUGUUGUGCUAGGGCAUAAGGUGAUUUGCUUUCUUAUCCACAAGUAAAUGUUCAAUAAUCACCAUUUGGUUUUCUCAUACCUUCUCUCUUUUUCUCUCAACGUCACAUUGAUAACAUACGUAUGCGGAAUUUUCCAAAAUACGUACGUCAUAGUUGUUAGACGCUUCGUUAACACUAAUAAAGUAGUUCUGCGUAUUUUUUUUGUGGUACCUUUGUGUUAUUCUAGAACGGUCGAAAUAAUUUGCGUCAUUCCGAAAUUGUUAUCGUUAAAAAACCAAAAUUUCUUAGUUUUCGUAGUUAUGAUCAUUGUCACGAUCUAUAUUACUACAUGAAGCAUGCAAUCCGUUUAGGCAAAAUAUAUAUUGUUUGAUAAUAUCGUGAUGUUUUUUCUUGAUAUAGCAUAGGUCAAAAUGCUUUAGCAAAAAAUCUGCAUCGCAAAUCUUUGUAAAAAAGGAGUAAAUAAAAAAAGUAUCAUCUAA